AUGGCAUUGGCAUCCUCAAACAGACCGCUUAUCCACUUCACGCCCCAAAACGGAUGGAUGAACGACCCCAACGGACCAUGGUACGACGCCAAAGACGAAUUGUACCACCUCUACUUCCAUAAAUGGACCGAUCACGGCUCCGUUAUUGCUCCAGAUAGAGAAGGUGAAGGAAUCUUUUCUGGAUCGGUGGUUGUGGACUACAACAACACAUCCGGAUUUUUCAACGAUUCUGUGGAUCCCCGUCAGCGGGCUGUGGCACUCUACACUUUGCAUUCCGAGGAUGCACAGGUCCAGGAAUUGGCCUACUCCACAGACGGAGGAUUCACCUUUGAAAAGUACGAAAACAACCCUGUGCUUGAGGUCAAUUCCACCCAAUUCCGUGACCCCAAGGUCUUCUGGCACGAACCAUCAAACCACUGGGUCAUGGUGCUCGCAAAAUCGCAGGAGUACAAGAUCCAGAUCUUCGGAUCCACCGACCUCAAGAACUGGGUUUUGCACCUGAACUUUUCUGCUGGAUUAUACGGAAACCAAUAUGAGUGUCCUGGUCUCAUGGAGCUUCCUGUGGAGGGUACGGACAAGAAGAAGUGGGUGAUGAUUUUGGCCAUUAACCCAGGAAUGCCUUCAGGUGGAUCUGCCAACCAGUACUUUAUUGGCGAUUUCGAUGGCUACAAGUUCACGCCCGACGACCACCAAACCAGAAUUCACGAUCACGGAAAGGACUACUACGCUUUCCAGACAUUCAGUGACACACCUUCAGAGGAUGGCGUUUUGGGUGUAGCCUGGGCUUCUAACUGGCAGUAUGCUAGACAUGUUCCUACUGAUCCAUGGAGAGGAAGCACUGGAAUUGUCAGAAACCACACUUUGGCGAAAGUGCCCGGAAAUCCAGAAACGGAUUUGUUGACUUUGGUGCAAACACCCAUUUUUGGAGAUUCCAUUAAGCGUCAGAACUUGCACAAGACGCUGAACCACACCUUGUCCAAGAACGAAAGCAUUUCGGUGAGUGGAAACUCCACCGGUGUUUUUGAUAUUGAGGUGGAGUUUACUUUAUCUCCAAAGGAGCUCAACAGCAGGCAAUUGCAGCUUUCGAUUUUAUCAAACAAGGUGCAUGGAACACAAGAGGAGAUCAAGCUUGGCUACGACGCCAAUGUGGAGGCGUUCUUUGUUGAUAGAGGUGUGGACAAUGAGUUCAACAAGAAUGUGUUUUUCACAGAUAAGAUUUCUGCGAUUGCAGAGCCUUUGAAGACUGAUGAGGAUGGUUACAAGACGUACAAGCUCAGAGCCAUUGUGGAUAAGAACCUUUUGGAGGUAUUCUUGAACGACGGAGUGAGCACUAUCACCAAUACGUUUUUCUUCAGUUCGGGCCAUCUUCCUGAGUCCGUGAAGUUGGGUGCUUCUGCUGAUGAGAUUUACACUGUGGAUGUGACAGUGGAUGAGUUGUCGUUGGAGUAG